UCUCUCUCUCUCUCUCUCUCUCUCUCUCUCUCUCUCACCCAGCGACCUUCAGACAGAAGUCCCGUUCGAGUUUGUGAUGUCACUCUCCGCAGUAACUUCCACCGUCGGCGUUCUCGAGCUCCCUUGUUCCCGUCUAUCACCAACCUCAACCAAUCAAAUCAAGUUCCUCACUAUCUUAGCCAAAAGACAACCUAGAAGAAGAAGACGCGACCUCUCCUCCUUCACCCCCUUACUUAUCCACUCAAAUCAUCAUCAUCUCCUUCACGGUCCCUCCAAACCCAAGCCCAAAUCCAUUUUUCAUCGUCCCCACUGUAGUGGAGAAGCUGAACACUCCGACACCACUGAAACAAGUUCUAAAACUUCUGUUGAUGAUAAUGAAGAAGCGAGGAGAAGCGAAAGCUAUGUAGCCCUGUUCGUACGAAUGCUCGGUUUAGACAACGACCCUCUCGACAGAGAACAAGCCGUAGAAGCGCUGUGGAAGUACUCUCUAGGCGGGAAGAAAUGCGUCGACGCGAUAAUGCGGUUUCACGGCUGUUUGAACCUCGUCGUCGCUCUUCUCAAGUCCGAGUCCAGCUCCGCCUGCGAAGCUGCUUCAGGGCUGCUACGGUCUAUCGCUUCCGUGAAUCUGUACAGAGAGCUGGUCGCUGAGAGUGGAGCGUUGGAGGAGUUAACCGCUUUACUGAGCAGACCUUCUUUAGCUACAGUGGUGAAAGAACAAGGGAUAUGUGCUCUGUGGAAUCUGACUGUGGAUGAAGGAGUUAGAGAGAAAGUUGCAGACUUUGAUGUCCUUAAGCUGCUCAUUGGUUUCCUUGAAGAUGAUGAUGUUAAUGUUAAGGAAGCAGCUGGUGGCGUCUUGGCUAAUCUUGCACUUAGCAGAAACAACCAUAAGGUUAUGGUUGAAGUAGGAGUCAUACCUAAACUGACGAAACUGUUGAAAGGCGAUAACAAAGGGUCUAAAGUGAUUAGAAAAGAAGCGAGGAAUGUGCUUUUGGAGCUAGCUAAAGAUGAGUACUACAGGAUUCUUGUUAUUGAGGAAGGUGUUGUGCCUAUUCCCAUUAUUGGUGCAGAUGCUUACAAGUCGUUCAGACCGGAUCUUUAUUCCUGGCCUAGCUUACCUGACGGUAUCAAGAUCGAGCAAACGGCAAAAGCUCCUUCUAGGUUCGGUGCAUCUGAGCUGCUCCUUGGUUUAAACGUUGACGAGAACGUCGACGAAGUGGAUGAAGCCAAAAUGAAAGCGAUUGUUGGGAGGACGAACCAGCAGUUCCUCGCUCGGAUUGGAGCUAUUGAGUUCGAGAAGGAGAUCAAAUCUGAAGGUCCUGAGAAAUCACAGCAGCAGCAGGAGCAUCAGCUUACUCUGCUUCCUUGUGUAGAUGGUGUGGCUCGUUUAGUGUUGAUUCUUGGAUUGGCAGAUGAAGUGGCUGUGUCGAGAGCAGCAGAGUCGGUUGCUGAUGCGUGUAUCAACGAGGAGAUGAGGGUUUCGUUCAUGGAAGCUGGAGCUGUGAAGCCUUUGGUUCAGCUCUUAGCUAACAACAACAGAGAGGGGGUUAAGAUACCUGUCAUCCGUGCUUUGAAAAACUUAUCUCUUAGCCGCACUGUUUGCAAGAGGAUUGAAGCUGAAGGUGCUGUACCGUUUUUCAUUAAUCUUCUGAAGCAGCCAGAGAUCUCACUAGGCAUUACAGAACAGAUUCUGGAUGUUCUUGCUCACAUUUUAGAUCCUAGCAAGGAAAUGGAAUCCAAGUUCUAUGAAGGACCUGUGAACGGAUCAAAAGCAGACUCCAGAAAGGAAGCUCUGGACGCUGCUGUUAUCUCUCGCCUCGUCCAAAUUGCUAAAACAGCCUCUCCUAACCUUCUAAGAAAGGCGAUAUCCGUCAUCGAGUUUGGUACGGUCAUUGAUCCAACCAUGGACACGAUCAUCUCCGAGGACAUCACAGCUGUUCUUGACGUUGCUCUCCAUCAGAACGUCCUUGAUGAACCUGAGGAUGAAGCUGAGGAGUUAGAGAAACACUUGCUCAAGCUAGAAGAAGCUGGUCUGACGAUCUCAUCCGCUUCGAGACUACUCACAAAACUCCUCGACUCCGAGUCGUUUCGCAAAACAGUGGACACGACGACGCGCUUCGAGGAACCGCUGAGGAAGAUCCUGAGAUCGAACCUCCCUCUACACUACAAAGACUGGGUCGCCUCUUGUCUCGUCAAACUCACCUCUCUCUCUCCAUCUCUCAGCAAACCGAUCAGCGUUGAGGUGACUCUCUACAAGACGAUCCCGAGCCUGGUGGAACAAAUGAGCUUCUCCUCGAGUCCAGAGGCGAAAGAAGCAGCGGUUUUGGAACUGAACAAGAUAGUCUCGGAGGGAGUUCCGGAGUCGACGCAAGCUCUCGCUUCGCACGGAGGGAUCGAGCCGCUGGUGAAGCUUUUAGAGGAGAGGAACGAGCGGUGUGUGGAGGCGAGUUUGUCAGUGUUGUAUAACUUGAGCAUGGACAGUGAGAACCAUCCGGCUAUUAUGAGAGCAGGAGCUGUGCCUGUGUUGAGACGGAUCGUUAUGUCUCAGAGACCACAGUGGGAGAAAGCUUUGAGGUUACUUAGAGAUUUGCCUGUUUGAGAGUGAGUUGUGUUCUUCUUGAAUCAGAGCGGUCUCUGUGUUACUUAAAAGUCUAUUCAAAUAUGAGAAUAAUUGCCUCAUUA